CGUCACUUUCCCCAUGAAAGCAUGAGGAGCUUCCCUGGAGGUUCUCCUGUAGGAACCUGAUCAACACGAGUGGUGAAAUCCAAGGGAACAAAUUAGUAAACAUUUCAUAAGUUGCUGAAAUGCGCGAGGUAUUGGAAUUACGAUUAAAUAAAGAGCAAAUGUUCACGAUGACUUUAAUCUUCAGUCAAACUACAAACUAGUUUAAACUCGAACAUCCUCACAGGACGACGCUGAAAUCACACACAACACAAGCAGCGGUGUAGUUUCCUGAGGCUGAGUCUCUAAUGUCCUUCCACACUACUCCUUAGGGCACUAGGUAGUGCGUUCAGCUCCGUUACGUCGUACCCUAUCUAGGGCGCAAACGAAGUGAAUGGGUAGCCAUUUGAAACCCCGCCCCUAUACAAGAUGGCGGAUUUGGCUCGGCUCACCGCGAAGAAACGGAAGCGACAAGUAAAAGUUAUUACGGGUCCCUCCGUCCAUCAGGAACUGGGAGAGAAACUCAAAAUGAAACCCAGGUUUCCUGUCACAUGUGGAAAUAAGGAAGGCAUCCUACACAAAGAUAGGCUUAGCAAAAAACAGCCGUGCAUCUUGUCUGAUGGCCGGUGGUUCACCCCUAGUGAGUUCGAGAAGUUUGGAGGAAAGGAGAAAAACAAAAAGUGGAAGAUUAGUAUAUUUUACAAUCAGAUUCCGCUGCAAACGUUUAUACAGGACGGCUUUCUUUCCGCUCUGUCGUUUAGAACGAAGCGCUCGCAGGAUCACGAGCCAGCGUGCAGGAAGAAGCUGAUUAGGUGCAGAAGUGGUACCAGACGUGGCAAAAACAGUCACACGUCCAAGUCUGACAGCACCUCAGACUCGAGCUCGGAGUCUGAUGAUGAUGACGUUUACUGCGAUGAUGAUGAUGAUGAUGACGACGUCGACGACGACGAUGAUGACGACGACGAUGAUGACGAUGACGACGAUGAUGAUGUUCGGGUCACUGAGAGCACGUUCAGCGGCAACUCUUUUAAAGUCAAGUGCUUAUCAGGGAGAGGGGUUCUGCAUGUGAACCGCUUUGCUAACGAGACGUAUGGAAAAUGCAUCAGGACGCAUGACGCCUGGCUCACCCCCAAGGACUUCCUCGACCUGUACAAAGCCGACGGAAACUGGAGACGGGACAUCAGAUGCCAGGGGGUCCCUCUUGGAAAGCUCAUAAUGGAGAGGACGUUGGAGCUUCAUAUGGUGAACUGUAAGUGUCCCAUCUGCACGAGAGACCAUCUUCAUAUGCUGGAUCAGAACAAUGAUGACGUCUGCUUUCAGUGCAACCGGGAAGGAGAUCUGGUGUGUUGUGCCAAAUGUCCACGUGCCUUCCAUCAUCACUGCCACACACCAGCUUUAAGAGACGACAUGAUCAGUGAUGACUGGACCUGUUCCUUCUGCAAGAAGUCCCUUCCAGCUGCUCGUAAUAAGAGCUUAUGACCCGUCCUGAAUGUUUAAACACGGUUACCGCUGUAACAGCAAUGUGAAUUACAUACAUUUCUUUAAAAUCAUUUUUGUAGGACAGGUUUUGGUGCGUAUUGUUUACAAACAUAAUAAAGACUUUUUAUUUUUACAUUCUG